GAUGGGGUUCUGGCCCAUGCCGCAGUUGCGCUGCGUGUUGGCGGUUUGUGGGGGGGUGCCGCGGGUUGUCCUUUUUGUUGGUGGUCCGCGGGGGGUGCCGGAGUUGCACUACGUAGUUAUGGUUCGCGGGAGACGCUGCGGUUGUGCUGUAUGGUCGCGGGAAGUGUUGCAACCAAGGUUUUUUUUUUGGCUAAACUUUUUUUUCGUGUUGGUGGUGUUCCUCGGGUUUGGGUUGCUCUGCCUGUCCACCGGUUGCAGUUGCAACGGCAACUGCAGUGGACAAACAGUGCACACGACGUUGAGCACAUACACGAGUGUGUCGGCAGGGCGGAGGAACUGGGGAAAGGGUCAUGGAAGACCCUAUCUGGAAGCCCCUGGAACCUGCUAGAGGGUUCGAGAAGAAAGGCGCGACCAGGGGCGGAGCCAGGCCGCGCUGGGUAGCAAUAAAGCAGCUGAGAGCGGGAGCUCACCGCUGCCGGAUCUGGGAGUGGGCUCGUAUCGUCGUUGCUGUCAUCUUCGCUAGAUAUUGUGCGGCUGGAUAGUUGUUGGCUGUCUCGGUCAGCACCAUCGGUGUUACACGGUCAGGGUUGUGUUUAGGCUCGGCUAGACGACUAGAGAGAGCGCAUUUAUAUUUUUGCAAUCUAACCCAAAAAAAAUCUUAUGGAUGAUAUUGGUCGCGAAAGCCUACGCGUUAAACUUGCUUAAUUGCCUCAGCAAUUCGGAGUUUUGUAUCAUAUUUCAUCACAAACACUCGAAGAGCACCCCUAAGUGGCAGCUGUCUCUGUGUGGAAUAAGGUGGCCCAGCACCAGCCUGCAUGUGGACAUGAGUCUGUCAGUCAGGGGCGAUAAUUGAUGUGUAAUCUCAGUUUUGCAAUUUCUGGAUAAUAUUUGGAAUUUCCCAAAUUAUGACAGUGACACCAACAUGCAAAGACCUAUGUGUUUUGAAUGACACGAUAGUAUGUUUUACAUCCACUCUUUAAGCAGACGGUGCAUAUUUUGGUUGAUGUUACUGGAGUAGCCAGGGGUGCCUGUCGGAUUUGAACCUUGAACCUCUGCAAUAAAUCGAGAAUGCGCUACCAGUUGGCUUCCCUCAAUCUGAGUGUAGGUAUGCCAGCCAGUGUUUCUAACCAGCGCAGAUGUUCCAUUUAGAAGGGUGCACGUUUCACAUUCCUAUAGAUUGGAGGGCAUGACUGUUGCCGAGAAGACCCGGAGCUUCAUGCAGAGCGACAGGCCAGUGACGUCAUGUCACCUCGUGCAGCCGCGUGACGUCACGAGACACCAGAAAGCUGCUGCACCGCGCGCGCGCUCACUGAGAUCCGAGCUGACGCUUCUUCUGACGCUUCCUCUGCAGAAUUGGUCUGAUGGAGCAAAGGCACUCAGCGCAGCUCGGUACAAAAAGACAACAAUGAGACCAGUAUGCAAACGGAAUGGAUUCUACUGGAAAUUUGAUACAGCACCAGAGAACUCAAACAGGAGAGAAACCCUUCAGGUGCCCCUUUUGCGGGAAGGCGUUUGCAGAUUCAUCACAUCUUAAAAUACACCAGAGAACACACACGGGAGAGAAACCCUUCACGUGUAGUGUGUGUGGGAAGGCAUUUUCCGAUCCGUCUGCCCUUAAAAGACACCAGAGAACACACACGGGAGAGAAACCAUUCAGAUGCACUCUGUGCGGGAAGCCCUUUGCACUGUCAUCUCAUCUUAAAGAACACCAGAGAACACCCACAGGAGAUAAACCUUUCAAAUGCACUGUCUGAGAAGGCAUUUGCAUGGUCUUUAGGUCUUCAGAUCCACCAGAGAAUGCACACAGGAGAUAAACCCUUCAAGUGCAGUGUGUGUGAGAUGGCAUUUUCACAGUCAUCAAAUCUUAAAAUGCACCAGAGAACGCACACAGGAGAGAAACCCUUCAAGUGCAGUAUGUGUGGGAAGGCAUUUUCAAGUUAAUUUUAUUUUAAAAUACACCAGAGAAUACACACAGGAGAUAAACUCUUCAAGUGCACUCUGUGCGGAAAGGCGUUUGCACAGUCACCACAGCUUCAUCGACACCAGAUAACAUACAGGCAUCAUAAGAUCCCCAAGGAGUGUAGUCUGAAAUCGACUUGUGAAAGUCAAAGUGCUGCAAUGAGCCCAUCCCUCCUAAAAAAAGAACCAGAAGUGAAUUCUAGUUUGGACACUAUGAAAUGUAUCAAGGUGAAAUUUGAAGAGGCGACAGUGAAGAGCAAAGAAGUGAAGGUGAAAUGUGAAGAUGAAGAUUCAACUCGGACCUUCACUUCGAUGGAGGCAACAUGAAGCAGGAGGAGAAUUGUGAAAGUGGAGGUGUGGGUGGACUUCUUAGAUAAUACAAAGUAAAAUGGAGACCCUGUAGAUGUAUAAGCUUGAGACAAUGAAGCUCCAAUAGAUUCACCUUUGUCACAGGCCUUUAAAGAAAAUCACUAAAAGUUGAACACUCAAUUCCUUGGUUCAACCUGCAGAGUAAGAGCAGUCAGUUUUUGCGGACCCGUGGGUUGGGUAGAUCUCUAACUAGGAUCGAGAGCCAAUGAACUCCCAAGCAUUCAGUAUGUUAUAAUAAUAUGAAUAUUAGCAUUUAUAUGGUGCUUGUGUAGGACUUGAGAUAACACGCGCCACGCAUUUGAUUGUGAUACGAACAUGCAGCGAACAGUGGGGGCAACCGGGGACACGGACAGUGGGGCACGCCAUAAAGUUGUUGUUGCGCCAACUAAGGGGUAAGGUAAUUAAGAGAUGCCACAGGUGUUAAGGGUAACUGAGGACGGAUAUCGGUGAUUGGUCGAGAGGGUGAGUGGUUGAGACAGGCGCCGGGGUGUCUACGACAACAACAUCACAUGAGGCUGGCGGGAGAUGACAUAAUUAAUUGGGGCUAAUUGGUUCGGGGAUAAAGGCAGAGAGCGUGGCAGAGAUACGGGAGUUGGUGUUGGAGUCGGAGUUGGUGUUGGAGUCGGAGUUAGAGUUGGUGCCUGGGACAGAGACGGAGCAACAGGGAGUAUAGAUACGGUAGCAGAUAGAUGCGAUAGGAGUAGACAAGAGAAGAUAGAGUAUGGUAGCAGCGGAUAAAGAGAACACAAUAUCGGAUAGCAGCGGAGUAAGGGACCUGGAUAGAGAAGCUACGGCGGAGUGAGACGGCAGGGAGAUAAAGAGCGAUCGAGCUGGAGAGAGAGCGAGCGGAGCCAGCGGAGGCAGCAGAGCGAGCGAACGGAGAGACAUGGAGUGAUGUUGAUGGGGAGUUGUGCAUUGGAGAGAACGGAGAGACAUGGAGUGAUGACGACGGAGGAGAUGUGAAUUAUAUGUGUUAAUAAAAGAG